AUGCCUUCCGCCACAGCCACGAAGCGCGUGAGGGGCGUCUCUAUCUUCAGGCCCUUUGUAUUCGGCAGCGAAGCCCAACCCUUCGAUCCAGCCAAGAAACCCGCCAAUGCCCCCGCCGACCACACGCAUCAGUGGCGCGUCUACGUGAAAGGCGUCAACGAUGAAGACAUCUCCUACUGGCUGAAGAAGGUUCAAUUCAAGCUGCACGAGACAUACGCCCAGAACAUCCGUACCAUCGAACAGCCCCCGUUCGAGGUAACGGAAACAGGAUGGGGUGAAUUCGAGAUCCAGAUCAAACUCUACUUCGUACCUGAGUCGAUGGAGAAGCCUCAGACUCUCUGGCACAGUCUUAAAUUGCAUCCGUACGGGCCAGAUGCGGAAGCCAUGAAGGAGCGACGAGACCAAGUUACCAGCCAGAACUAUGAGGAGAUCGUCUUCAACGAACCCGUGGAGCAAUUCCAUGAUCUGCUUACCGGGGGUGCUGCGUCGGCGCAACCGCAGAAAGGAAAGGGGGGAAAGAAUACUAAGCAAAGCGGGCAGCGGAAUGUCAGAACGGCGGAGAUCCCUCCGAAUGACUCUCCGGGGAACCCUUAUAGUAAAGCAACUGAGAACAAGGAAUUGGAUCGCUUGGGGGAGGCUAGCCGGACGGUGGAGCAGAUGAUCAAGGAGGAAAAGGAGCGACUUAUUGAUCGUGAGAAGAGGCUAGCUGAACUGCGCGAGAGUGAAGGAGUGCCCGCGAACACGAAGAAGCGUUAAGCUCCGCGUCUGCUUUGAAUGUCGUGAUAAAGACACUUGCUUCUCUUCCGAGUCAUGCCGCGUCUCCGAGACACUUCGCUCGCUGAGCAAUACGAUGCACAUAUGUUGAAUGGGGCGCCACCUACGCUCGCCAGUCGCUAGUUUGGCGAAGAUACGGUCAGGCGUGACCGCCUACGGCCAGGGAACUUGACAUCCCCCCUGCCCGUGUACCAGACUGGGUUUCUUAUACCCAAAUAAUCUCCAGGAAGGAUUACAUCCUUCAUUUUCCUGUAUAGGAACAACCAGGAGAACCCACACCAUUCACUGAACCUACGUACAGAAAUGGCCUAGAUGACCUAAUGAAUAGUCUAAUAUUAUCUUCGAGGA